UGAUGCUUGCAGUGAGGCUGAAUUAGCGCACCCCUGCUCAUCACUCUAAUCUGAUUUGCCAGCGCGACGUCAGCGAAGCUCAAGGCAAGGCCAAAGAAAAGGAAGGAGCAACCAACACUCACAAGAUCCUGCCCUUGUAUCUUUAUCCCUAGGUAUUGUCGCGAGACAUCUCAAGAUGUCGGUCAUUCUUUGCACCGCUGGCUAUGAUCACACAAUAAGAUUCUGGGAAGCUUUGUCAGGCAUCUGCUCCCGCACAAUCCAACACUCCGACUCCCAAGUCAACCGCCUCUGCAUCUCCCCCGACAAACGCUUCCUCGCUGCCGCUGGUCACCACACAGUCAAACUCUACGAUAUUAAGUCCACGAACCCAAACCCUCUCCUCGCAUUCGAAGGCCAUACUGGCAAUGUAACAGGCGUCGCGUUCCAUUGCGAAGGCAAGUGGAUGGUUACGAGUUCUGAAGAUGGCACAGUCAAGAUCUGGGAGACGAGGAGUGGUUCCGUGCAGCGCAGCUACUCGCAUGGAUGCCCUGUCAACGAUGUAGUGAUUCAUCCCAACCAAGGCGAGAUUAUAAGUUGUGAUCGGGGAGGAAGUGUGCGGAUUUGGGAUUUGGCAGAGAACAAUUGCUCGCAUCAAUUGAUUCCGGAGGAGGAUGUGCCAGUUGCGAGUGUCACUGUUGCCAGUGAUGGGUCGACUUUAUGCGCGGGUACGAAUUCUGGCAAUGUCUAUGUAUGGCAUCUCCUCCAAUACCGUGAAAAGACCACCCUCGUCCCAAUCACCCAUUUCCAAGCACACAGCAACUACAUCACACGAGUACUCCUCUCCCCAGAUGUCAAGCACCUCGCAACAUGCAGCGCGGACCACACAGCGAAGAUCUGGGAAGUCAAGGACCUCGAAUCGAUGCUUCCUAUUCCCGGGCAGGCCUGCUCGGAUCCAAAGAAUCCCAAGCCGUUCAAGCUGGAGAGUACAUUGACGGGUCAUCAGAGAUGGGUAUGGGAUUGUGCGUUCAGUGCUGAUUCGGCGUAUUUGGUCACUGCAUGUUCGGAUCAUUAUGCCAGACUUUGGGAGUUGCAUAGUGAGCAGAUUAUUCGGCAGUAUAAUGGGCAUCAUCGGGGGUUGGUGUGUGUUGCGCUGAAUGAUUAUUCUGAGGCUAGAUAAUCGAGCAUUGAACAUGGGAAGGGCAGGGGCGUUUGGCAUGGUCAUGAUCAUGGUGGCGUUUGUGGUCUGGGGAAUGGAAGGGCGAAGGGGAAAUGGCGUUAUUUACAGUGUGUAGUAUUUAUGAACUUUCCGACGCCAUCCAGGUGCGAUGUCCAGCCAUCAGGUUCCAUUUACUGAUCCGAGUGAGUAUCUCCACAAAAGCAUUUGACCUUGACGGUCGUCUCCUUUGGUAGCCAUCCCUAACCAUCUCAUCCUGUCCCAUUUCGAGAAUUAACCCAGAGCCACCGUCUCUUCACUCCACGCCAAAGACAUAUACAUGUUAGCUAAGAUCUAUAUCUAUACAGAAACGCCAUUACGCAGAUCAGCAACACACCACCGCCCUGCGUGCCUAUCUUGACAGCAGGGAGGGCCGAAGUGUCCCGCAACACGGACAGAAAACCACCCGCCCAGAAAGCCAACCACUAUACGUCCUGUGGCCUGUUCCUUCUCCCUCACAGAACAUUGCAGGCCUCUUAUGACUCCGCACUGCACCUCUUCGCGCCUCUGCACCUCUGCGCGUCUCUACAGCUUGGUGGUCCUCGAGGAUGAUUAUAUUCUUCUCUUCUCUUCUUCUCUUCUCCUCCUUCCCAAUAUAGCGACCCAUUCUAGAACAGAGGAUGAUACGCAGGCGGCGGCCGUCUCAACACUCCUUCCUCAAGAUCUAUAUCCACAUCCUCCCACCGUUCAGUGUACGGCGGCGGCGGCGGUGGUGAAUUCCACUCUCCAUCCUCCACACUAAAUCUACCGCCAAUUAUGUCCUCUAAUCCGAUGGUGAUGGUAGUACUCAGACUUCUUCUCCUCCCUCCUCCUACUCCUCGCAGAAGACUCAUGUUUCUAACGUAUAGAGGGACGUUGGUGGUGUUGGUGGGGGUGUGGAUGCUGGAGCUGGUGUGGGUGUGGGUGUGAGGGUCGAGAGGGGAUUGAGUUUGGGAUUGAGAUUUGGAUUUGCUUUGCCGACGGUGUUUGGAGAUGUAGUAGGCGGCGAUGAGAAAUGUGGUGAAGAUGAGGGGGAUGCUGAUGGAGAUGAGGGGG